UGCUGCACCCAGUGCGGUAAGAUCCUCGACGACAACGUCUUCAGCACCGACCCCACGUUCAGCAAGACCGCGGGCGGCGCCACCCAGGUCGACGGCAACUUCGUCCCGGAGAGCGGCGUGGACUCGCACGAGAAGACCAUUAACAAGGGAAAGUACGAGAUCUCGCAGGUUGCCGAUCGACUCGGCAUCAGGCCACGUGAGGACAUCGCCAACGCGGCGCACCGUCUGUACAAGCUCGCGGUGCAGCGCAACUUCACCCGAGGGCGAAGGACGCAGCAGGUGGCGGCGGCGUGCCUCUACAUCAUCUGCCGGCAGGAGUCCAGGCCGUACAUGCUCAUCGACUUCUCCGACGUGGUGCAGACCAACGUGUACGUGCUAGGGGCGGUCUUCUUGCAGCUGUGCCGGCUGCUGCGGCUGGAGCAACACCCGCUGAUCAGCAAACCCAUCGACCCGAGCCUCUUCAUCCACAGGUUCGCCGAUCGGCUCACGCUCGGGCGCAAGAUGCACGCGGUGGCCAACACCGCGUUGCGCCUGGUGGCGUCCAUGAAGCGGGACUGGAUGCAGACGGGACGCAGACCCUCGGGCGUGUGCGGCGCCGCGCUGUGGGUCGCCGCGUUGCUUCACGGGUACGAACGGAGCAAACGAGACGUCGUAGCCGUCGUGCACGUCGGCGAGGCGACGCUGCGAAAGCGGGUGACGGAGUUUGAGAAUACCCCGUCCGCGAUGUUAUCCGUCGAGGAAUUCGACAUAAGGGCGAAAGACUACGAAAAGGAGCAGGCGGCGCUCGCGGAGAGCGGCGCUCUCCUGGGAGCGCCCGGCGGUAUCACCGCGCUAACCUGCAUCCACAAGGAUCACGACGGGUCCACGCAUUUCGCGCACGGGAUGUGCCGGCAGUGCUACCUCGAGUACGCGAGGGUGAGCGGCGGCGCCAGGGGCGGGGAGGACCCGCCCGCGUUCCAGGCGGCGGAGGCGCGCCGCGACAGGGAGGCGCAGCGGGCGCUACCCGCGCCGCAGGCGACGCUCGCGCUGCCGGCUCCCGCCGCCAAAAAGGGGAAGAAGAUGUCCGCGAAGGAAGCCAGGGAGGCCAUGGAGGCGAUCGAACGCGAGGCGAGGGCGAAGGCCAAGGUCAAGGGUGAGGACGAGGACGAGGACACCGACGCCGAGCCGGAAACUUUCUCAGACGUGGACGACGAGGAGAUUGACAACUACAUCCACACCGCGGAGGAGGUUAAACUUCGACGCGUCAUCUGGUCGGAGCUCAACAGAGACUAUCUGGAAACACAGGCUGCGAAGGAAGCGGCCGUUGCGGCGGCGCCGCCCGCGCUGCCGGGGAUCGAGGGCGACGGCGGGAAGGGUGGCAAGAAGCGAAAAAAGUACACGCACCAAGUCCCGGCGGACACAGCCGCAGAGGCGGCGCAGCAGAUGCUCUCGAGCAAGAAGAUCUCCUCGAAGAUCAACUACGACGCGCUGAACGACCUGUUCAAGCAGGACGAGUCGAACGAGCGCGCGAAGAAGACGAAGGGGGGAGACCAAAGCGAGGGAGGGGGCGCGGGGUCGGCGUCGGCGGCGACCGCCGCCGCCGCUCCCGCGGUCGGCCACGGCAAGGGAAGGCUCUCGAGGCUCGGGGGCGGCGAACGCGGUCUGGGUGCCCUUGGCGGCGGGAAGGGCCUGGGUGGCGGCGGGCUCGGGUCCCGGCUCGCGGCGGGCGCGACGCUCGUGGCUGGUGGGGACGCCGCGGGCGCCGCCGAGACUGCCAACCCGGCUGUCGGCUCAAAGUUUGACUCGAUUGCGGCGGCGGUUGACAUUCGGCCAAAGCAGACGGCGAGGAAGAGCAGGGGUCUCAGCGCGGCGACGCUGGCGAUGGCGGGGAAGAGGAAAGGCGGGAAGAGGGACGCCGACGCGACGAAGUGA